AUGAUCGAACCCAUUGGGAAUCAAUACAUUGUGGCCAGACCAGUGUAUUCUAAGAAUGCUUUCGGAGAAGAUCAUAAAAAGAAAGACAGACAUCAUAAGACUUUUCUGGACCAUGUCAAAGAGGGUUGUCGCUGCUCCUCACAAAAGGCCAAGAGAAUCGCCCUCUCUUUGUUCCCCAUAGCAUCUUGGUUACCAGCAUACCGGAUAAAGGAAUGGCUGCUCAGUGACAUUGUUUCUGGGAUCAGUACAGGGCUGGUGGCUGUACUACAAGGUCUAGCAUUUGCUCUGCUGGUCACCAUCCCUCCAGGCUAUGGGCUGUAUACAGCCUUUUUCCCAGUCAUAGUCUACUUCUUCCUGGGUACUUCUAGACACAUAUCUGUGGGUCCAUUUCCAGUUCUGAGCAUGAUGGUGGGGGCAGUAGUUACUAGAGUGACCUCGGAUGCCAGUGGGGCUGCUAUGGAUGUCUCAAAUAGCUCAAUGAGUACAACACUGGACCAACACAAGGUGAUGGUGGCUGCAACUGUCACUGUCCUUUCUGGAAUCAUCCAGUUGGCCAUGGGAAUUCUGCAGAUUGGAUUUGUGGUGAUCUACCUCUCGGAUUCCCUCAUCAGUGGCUUUACCACAGCCGCCGCUGUUCAUGUUUUAGUCUCCCAACUAAAAUUUAUGUUUCAGCUCAGUGUUCCAGCACACACCGAUCCAUUUUCCAUUUUCAAAGUUCUACACUCCAUAUUCUCACAAAUAGAGAAUACUAAUAUUGCAGACCUGGUGACAUCCCUGAUUAUUCUGUUGGUUGUAUUUGUGGUUAAAGAAAUAAAUCAGCGCUACAAAGCCAAGCUUCCAGUGCCAAUUCCAAUUGAACUUAUCAUGACUGUAAUUGCAACAGGUGUAUCCUAUGGUUUUGACUUCGAACACAGGUUUAAUGUGACUGUCGUUGGGAAUAUGCAAAGUGGAUUUCAGUCCCCUGUUGCACCUGACGUGGCGGUUUUCCAAGAGACCAUAGGAGAUAGCUUCGCCAUUGCCAUCGUUGGCUUUGCAGUGGCUUUUUCAGUUGCCAGCGUGUAUUCCCUCAAAUACGAUUAUCCACUUGAUGGCAAUCAGGAGUUAAUCGCCUUGGGAUUGGGUAACAUAUUCACAGGAUCUUUCAGAGGAUUUGCGUCUAGUACUGCCCUCUCCAGAUCAGGGGUUCAGGAGAGUACCGGAGGCAAAACACAGAUUGCCGGGUUUCUCUCUGCCAUGAUUGUGUUGAUUGUCAUUGUAGCCAUCGGGUUUCUGUUAGAGCCACUACAAAAGUCUGUCUUGGCAGCUUUAGCGCUUGGAAAUUUAAAAGGCAUGCUGAUGCAAUUUACUGAAAUCAGAAGGCUAUGGCGAAAGGAUAAAUAUGACUGUUUAAUUUGGAUCGUGACAUUCAUCUGUGCCAUUGUCCUGGGACUCGGUCUAGGCCUGGCAGCUAGCAUUGCAUUUCAGCUCCUAACCAUCGUGUUCCGGACGCAAUUUCCAAAAUGCAGUACACUGGCUAAUGUUGGAAGAAGCAACAUCUAUAAGAAUAAAAAAGAUUACUUUGAAAUCUAUGAGCCGGAAGGAGUGAAAAUCUUCAGAUGCCCAUCUCCUAUCUACUUUGCAAAUAUUAGUUUCUUUAAGCAGAAACUUAUUGAUGCUAUUGGCUUUAGUCCACUUCGGAUUCUACGAAAACGCAAUAAAGCCUUGAAGAAAAUUCGAAAGUUGCAGAAGAAAGGCCUACUCCAAGUAACACCAAAAGGAUUUAUAUGCACUGUUGAUGACUUAAAAGACUCCGAUGAAGAGCUGGACAAUAAUCAGAUAGAAGAACUGGAUCAGCCCAUCAACACAGCAGACCUGCCCUUCCAGAUAGAUUGGAAUGGAGAUCUUCCUCUCAACAUUGUGGUCCCCAAAAUCAGCCUCCAUAGCCUCAUUCUAGAUUUCUCAGCAGUAUCAUUUCUUGACAUCUCUUCAAUGAGAGGUCUCAAAACGAUUUUGCAAGAAUUUACCAGGAUCCAGGUGGAUGUGUAUAUUGUGGGAACUGAUGAUGAUUUCGUUGAAAAACUUACUCGGUGUGAAUUUUUCGACGACGAAGUCAAUGACUCAAUAUUUUUCUUAACAAUCCAUGAUGCUGUUUUGCAUAUUUUGAUGAAGAAGGAUUACAGUACUUCAAAGUUGAGUCCCAAUCAGGAAAAGGAGAUGAAAUAUGACUUCACCAUAAAUACAAAUGGAGGAUUACGUAAUCGGGAAUGUCAGGUACCAGUUGAAACAAAAUUUUAA